CAAGGUCGUGGCUUGACGCUGCAAUCUGCAGAGUGGCAGCAUUAUUUUUGUUCAGUGAAGUCCCGUACUGUCGGCUGCCCCAUACCCGCCGCUGUGACUGGAUUUUCACUGGCUUCUCAUUUUUUUUGAAGUUUGCCCCUUCUUCUUUUUGCAAAAGCAACUUUGACUUGACUGCAAGCAGAGAGAGAAAGGGUCCUUGGGCCGAUCUAAAAAGCACCUCAGGAUGUCAGAAUCCUUAAAACUACAAAAGGAACAGCAGCAACGGGACCUUGAGACGCGCUAUGAGAGCAGCUAUCACCAAGGCUCCCUAUCAUCUGUUAGCCGCCAGUCUUAUGCUGCUUAUGUGAGCAGCAGCAGCAGCCAUGGGCACAAGAUCUCAAAGAAGGAGAAGAAACUGAGCACUCUUUCUAAGAAAGAAAAGCGCUCGUACCUGGCUGUGGACAAAGAAGACGAGAUCAUUGGAUACGUCGUGCCAGUCUUCAGAAGCAGUCAUUUGGCUACCCAGGAUCUGAUGGAGACUCAGGAGGAGGUGAAGGAGGAGGGUAUGGGGUAUGUCGUCAUGAGGAAUCUGUUCUCCAGGGAGACCGACUUCAAGAUGAGAACUGUGAAGAAGUCCAGAGAGACCAGUUUGAGAGAGUCUGCUGAGCGCAUGGCUCUGAGCAGGAAGGUGCAUGAGAAAGUAGAAUUCCAAAAGAAGAUGAAUCCAGACAGUUUGACUCACCCCCCGGAGUUCAUUCUGAAACCACGUGGCCAGACCGUGUGGGAGGGGAAGAGUGUGACGCUGCACUGCACGGUGGCUGGAUGGCCCAAACCCCGCGUGGCCUGGUACAAAAACAAUGUUUUAAUUGAUGCUAAGUCUCACCCUGAGAAGUACUUCACAGAGAGCCAAUACAACAUGCAUUCUCUGGAAAUCAAGAAUUGUAAUUUUAGCGACACUGCUGAGUACCGAAUCUCUGCACUUAACGUGAAGGGAGAAAGUUCUGCGUUUGCCCCUGUCAUUAUUAAAAGAUUCAAAGAAGGAGAAGAAGUGACUGAAAGGCCCCAUGGUUUCAGCCCUGAAUAUGGUGUGACCUUCAACACUACCAUCAUUGACAAGUUUGACGUUUCUUUUGGCCGUGAGGGAGAGACCAUGAGUUUGGGCUGUACAGUCAUUGUCUACCCCACUGUGAAGCGCUACCAGCCAGAGAUAGUGUGGUACAGAAAUGGUGUCACCUUGUCAGCUUCUAAGUGGGUGCACAUGCAUUGGAGUGGUGAGCAAGCCACUUUGACACUUGUGCAUCUGAACAAAGAAGAUGAGGGUCUCUACACUCUGCGUGUCAACACCAAGUCAGGCUUCGACACCCACUCUGCCUAUGUGUUUGUCAGAGAUGCUGAUGUGGAGGAGGAGGGGGUUCCUGUUGCUCCGCUUGAUGUGCGUUGUCAUGACGCUAAUAAAGACUAUGUGGUUGUUACCUGGAAGCAGCCAGCAGUGGAGGGCAGCAGUUCCAUCAUUGGCUACCUUAUUGACAGGUUGGAGGUGGGCACUCAUCAUUGGACCCAGUGUAAUGACACUCCAGUGAAGUAUGCCCGUUUUCCUGUCACUGGGCUUAUUGAGGGCCGCUCCUACACCUUUAGGGUCCGAGCCCUCAACAAUUCUGGUGUGAGCUGCCCAUCCCGGGCCUCUGACCCUGUAGUUGCCAUGGAUCCAUCAGACCGUGCCCGCCUUAGAGCUGGUCCCUCGGCUCCAUGGACUGGAAUGAUCAAAUUCACUGAGGAAGACCCCACAGUGGGGGUGGUUCCUGGUCCAUCUACUGACCUGGCUGUCACUGAGGCUACUAAGAGUUACGUGGUACUGAGCUGGAAGCCACCCAUCCAGAGAGGACAUGAGGGUGUCAUGUAUUAUGUGGAGAAGUGCUUGGUGGGUACAGAUACAUGGCAGAGGGUGAAUACUGGGAUGCCAGUGAAGUCCCCCCGCUUUGCCCUGUUCGACCUUGCUGAGGGCAAAUCCUACAGCUUCCGUGUCCGUAGCUGCAACUCUGCUGGAGUUGGAGAGCCAUCAGAAGAAACUGGGGCGACUACUGUGGGAGACCGAUUGGACCUGCCCUCUGUCCCAGGGCCUGUUAUUCCCAUCAGAAACACUGACACGUCUGUAGUUGUGUGCUGGGGGGCAUCUAAGGAGGUUAAGAAUCUGGUGGGCUAUUACAUCGAGGUCAGCGUCAGUGGCAAUGGUGUUUGGGUUCCCUGCAACAACAAGCCAGUCAAAGGCACUAGGUUUGUGUGCCACGGGCUGAACACUACGGACAAAUGUGUGUUUAGGGUGAAGGCUGUGAACGCUGCAGGAUACAGUGGAAGCAGCGCCGAAUCUGAGGCCUGCAUUGUACAAGCAAGCAUUGCCGUCCCAAGCCCUCCCACCGGUGUGACCCUGCAGGAGAGGGUCCGUGACUACAUGGUGCUGGGCUGGCAAGCCCCUGCUAAGACUGGUGGAGCUGACAUCAAAGGUUACUACCUGGACUACAGAACGGUGAAGGAUGGAGUCACAAGCAAGUGGCAUGAAAUUAACCUCCAGGCAGUCACUGGCACAUCUUAUAAAGUGACAGACCUGAAGGAAAACGUAUUCUACCAGUUCCAGGUGCGUGCAGUCAAUCAGGCUGGUAUUAGUGAAUCCUCCAUACCCACUGUCCCCUUGGAGUGCAAGGAGUGGACUGUGGCUGUUCCAGGCCCUCCUCUUGGCCUCCGUGUCCAGGAGGUGCGUAAAGACUCUAUGGUGCUUCUGUGGGAACCACCUACAUUCAAUGGCCGCAGUGCUGUGACUGGAUAUUAUGUGGACUAUAAGGAAGAGAAUGGCAGAUGGAGAUGUGUCCAAGAGAGAUCCACAAAAAAUACUUACAUGAAGAUGAACUUUAACAAAACCACUGGCAUUAUUGAGAUGUUCAUGGACUUACUGGAGGUUACUGAUGAAGGAACCUUCACAUUCAACCUCAUUGAUGGCAAAGCAACUGGUCGCACCAGCUUAGUGCUUAUCGGAGAAGAGUUUGCUGAGCUUCAGAAGAAAUCUGAGUUUGAGAGAGCAGAGUGGGUCAGAAGGCAAGGCCCUCACUUUGUGGAGUAUCUCAGUUUCGAGGUCACUCCAGAAUGUGAUGUGCAUCUGAAAUGCAAGGUUGGAAACAUCAAACCUGGCACUGAGAUUGCCUGGUUUAAGGAUGGAAUUGAGAUUGAAGAGGAUGAUGAGGAUGCUAAGAAGAUCGGAAAAUCUGAUGAAGUGUUGAUCUUUGACAUUGGCAAGCUUGUUAUUAAGAGCGAAAAGGCACAAUGGAAAAAGAAACCUGCAACCGAAGAAAGUCCAAGCAAGCCAAAAAUUUCAAAGAAAGAUGCUGGAGUAUAUGAGGUUAAACUGAAAGAUGAAAGAGGAAAGGACAAAACUUUGCUGAACCUGACAGAUGCAGGUUAUCAAGCAGUGCUGAAUGAAGUAUUUAGAGUUAUUGCCAAUUCUUCAACCGAGCUCAAGGUUAUGAGCACAGAACACGGAAUUAUUCUCUACUCAUUCGUUGUGCACUAUAUUGAAGAUCUCCGUGUUGGCUGGCUUCACAAAGAAUCAAAGAUCUCCCAUUCAGACAGAGUGCAGUGUGGAGUUACCGGAGAACAGCUGUGGCUCAAAAUUAAUGAGCCCACCGAGAAAGAUAAGGGCAAAUAUGCCAUUGAUAUCUUCGAUGGCAAAGGCAGCUUCAAGAGAGUUCUUGACCUGUCAGGACAAGUAUGGGAGGAAGCAUUUGAAGAAUUCAAGAGGCUGAAGGCGGCGGCCAUAGCAGAGAGAAACCGUGCUCGUGUGGUGGGCGGCCUGCCCGAUGUAGUCACCAUUCAGGAGGGCAAGUCUCUCAACCUCACUGGCAACGUAUGGGGUGAUCCUGUUCCUGAGGUCGGCUGGGUGAAGAAUGAUAAACCGCUGUUGUCUGACAAUCACCACACGCUGAAGUUUGAGCACGGCAAGUUUGCCAGCAUCACCAUCGCUGCUGUUACAACCGUCGACUCGGGCAAAUACGCCCUGCUGGUGAAGAACAAGUAUGGCACAGAGGCGGCAGAGUUUACCGUCAGUGUCUACAUCCCAGAGGUUGAAGCGGAGAAGGAGUAAAGACACGCACAGAGGGAGAGAGGGGGUUAACAUAUGACCAGUAUACCUUCCAAAGCAUUUUAAUUCAAAGCAUGCCCACCCACAGUGCAAGAUUGUACGGUUUUCCCUUAAAGAAACAUUUUAAAUAAACAUAAUUUUCCCAAUGUGAGCGAUAUUAGCUUCUAGGCUGUUCACACUAUACUUAACCCAGGGUUUAAAGGGAUAGUUCAUCCAAAAAUUUAAAUUCUGUCAUGAUUUAAUCACCUUCAAGCUGUUUGAAGAAAACAUUUUGAAGAAUGUUGGUAACCAGUUGACGGUAGCCAUUGACUUCCAUAGUAUUUUUUUUAAUACUGUCAAUGCCAGUGGCUACCGUCGACUGUUUGGUUACAAACAGUGUGCGUGCCAUGAGGAGGCCUGUCCCAGCCACUUUGGUCCUUGUGCCCCCUCUCUAGAAAUGCAAAUGCUCCCCACCCCAUAGUUUGUAUGGACUGGUGCUGAAUCUGGUUAUCAACAUUCUUCAAAAUAAAUGUUUUCUUGGCUCACAGAAGAAAAAAAACUCAU